AUGAACAGCGACGCUGCCAAGUACUGUCAGAAAAUUAUCAAUGAUGCUAUAUUUUAUGCAGAAUUUAACAAUCUAAACUACACAUCCCGCAUAGUAACGGAUCAUGUACAUUUAAACAGAUCACGAUCACCAUCCGCCCAAUCUCAGUCAUCGUAUUUAGAAAGACCAUCUAAAUCACCGUCCACCCAAACUUCAUCAUCCUAUUACAGAUAUUUACGAUCACCAUCCACACAAUCUCAAUCAUCCUACCAGUCACCGAACGAACAGUUAGACAGACUUUACCGAACACCAUCCACACAAACUCAAUCACCCUACCAGUCACCGAAUGAACAGUUAGACAGACCUUACCGAUCAUCAUCUACACAAACUGAAUCACCCUACCAGUCACCGAAUGAACAGUUAGACAGACGUUACCGAUCAUCAUCUAGACAAACUGAAUUACCCUACCAGUCACCGAAUGAACAGUUAGACAGACCUUACCGAUCAUCAUCUAGACAAACUGAAUCACCCUACCAGUCACCGAACGAACAGUUCAACAUGACUUUACGGUCACCAGCAACCCAAACUGAAUUAUCCUACCAGCCUCCAGAGCAACGGCUACGACGGCCGUCAGAGUUAAAUGCAAUUAUUAUUAAUAACGCUAAUGAAAUUGUAGAUUGUUUGGAUCAGCAGGACUAUGCUAAUUUAUUAUCAUCACCAAUCGUCGCAGAAAGUGAUUGUGAUUCAAUGAAGAAAUGUUUGAUUUUUAAGCCUAGAAGUGAUAAAUAA